AUGAGAAAAGGGAGAGGAAGGAACAAUGACUUGCUUCCGAAUUCGUUAAGGAUUAUAUCUACUUGUUUGAAGACUGUUUUCACGAAUGCUUGUAACUUCGCUUCCACGGUUCGCUCCGCCGGUGCUUCCGUCGCUGCAUCCAUUUCCACUUCUUCUGAAGAUCAUAAAGAUCAGGUGACAUGGGCUGGCUUUGAAAGGUUGGAACUUGGUCCUUCUCGCAUCAAGCAUGUCCUCUUACUUGGUUACCAGAAUGGAUUUCAAGUCUUUGAUGUGGAGGAUGCCUCUAAUUACAGUGAACUAGUUUCAAAGAGCGAUGGUCCAGUUUCAUUCUUACAGAUGCAGCCUUGUCCAAGUUCAGAUGGACAAGAAGGAUUCAGGGCUUCUCAUCCUAUGCUAUUGGUCGUUUCUGGCUAUGACACCAAUAGUUCAAGCUUGUGUCAGAACGCUGGCCAAGAUUGCCGUAUGGAGUCACAGUUAGGGAACUCUGUCAACUCGCCUACAGAAGUUCGAUUUUACUCUCUUCGGUCUCACUGUUAUGUGCAUGUGCUGAGAUUUAUAUCAUCCGUUUGCAUGAUUAGAUGCAGUUCCCGGAUUGUAGCUGUAGGUCUUGCAACACAGUUAAGUAUAUAUUGUUUUGAUGUCCUCGCUCUUGAGAAUAAAUUCAGUGUCCUCACCUAUCCUGUUCCCCAGUUGGCAGGACCAGGGGCUGUUGGGGUUAAUGUCGGUUUUGGUCCAAUGGCUGUGGGACCAAGGUGGUUAGCAUAUGCUUCCAAUAGUCCACUGUUGUCUAACACUGGCCGGUUAAGCCCACAAAACCUUACCCCUUCUCCUGGUGUGAGUCCAUCAACAUCCCCAGGUGGCAAUAGUUUGGUUGCUCGCUAUGCAAUGGAAUCUAGUAAGCAUUUGGCAACAGGCAUAAUCAAUGUGGGAGAUAUGGGACACGAGACUUUAUCCAACUGUUGUCAAGAGCUACUUCCUGUGUUUUUCUGUUGGGAAAUAUUCUCUGGCCUCGUCUCCUGA